AAGAAACGAAACCAGAGAAAGAAAAAAGAAAAAAAAAGGAGGAAAUUCAAAGAUAAGAGAGAGAGAGAGAGAGAGAGAGAGGGAUAGAGAGAGAAGGCGUCUGGAAUCUGCAGCGCGAGGCGAGGGACCAGGUAUCCCGAAAACCGCCUUUGUGUGGAGGAGGUGCCUUGCUUCGCUUUUUUAGCCCACCACCUCCACCACCACCACCACCACCUCCACCUCCACCUCCACCAUCACCGCUCCCCAAAGAUUCCGUCUUUGCGUCUCCCUCUCCCUCGCCGGACGGCAACCCCCCCUCUCCGAUCUCCUCCUCUGCUCCGGCCCCUCGAAUUCCAUACCUCCCCCGCCGAUCAACACCGAGAGGUUCGGGAGAGAAAGAAUCAUGGCGGAAGAGCACCGGUGCCAGGCCCCGCGCCUCUGCGCGAACAACUGCGGCUUCUUCGGGAGCCCCGCCACGCAGGAUCUCUGCUCCAAGUGCUACCGCGACCUGCAGCUCAAGGAGCAGCAGUCCUCCAGCGCCAAGCUCGCUUUCAACCAGACCCUGACCUCCUCCUCCUCCUCCUCCUCGAUCCUCGAGCCGUCCGCCGAAUCGUCCUCGUCGGCCCCGCCCCGGGCCGCCGCCGCCGCCGACCGCAAGGUCGCCGCCGCGGCCCUCGAGGCGAAGGCGGAGGAGGACGAGGAGGCGGCGGCGGGUGCGGGGGCGCCGAUGAUGCCGCCGGUGGCGUCGAACCGGUGCUCGACGUGCAGGAGGCGCGUGGGGCUGACGGGGUUCAAGUGCAGGUGCGGGAUGAACUUCUGCGGGUCGCACCGGUACCCGGAGCAGCACGACUGCGGGUUCGACUACAAGGGCCUGGGGAGGGAGCAGAUCUCCAAGGCCAACCCGCUCGUCAAGGCGGAGAAGCUGGAUAAGAUCUGAUGAUGAUGCGAAACCCCCUCCCUCCUUUUACCCAUUAUUGUCCCAGUACGAAAAACAAAAAAACAAAAAAAAAAAUGCUCGAAUUGCAUCUGUGUUGAUUUGGAAAUUUGGGAAUCCGGUGGCCACGGCGGCCCGGCGGUGGAGCCGCCGUCGGCCGGCGGCGGGCUGCCGGUGGGUGGGCGGGCGGGCUGGUCGAGACGUGUUGGUACGAUUGGUGGUGCAUGUAAAUUCGAUGAUGCUCUAGUAAAUUGACGUCAUUUGCUCUUUC